UUUCCCAGGAUGUCCGUGUCAUUCGAUGCGUCGGCGACCCACUCCGCGCCGGUCGUCAGCGACGACGACGCCUUCGCGUCGGGAACGGCCGGCGAGACGUCCACCAGGCGGCGCCGGCUGUUGCGCGUCGCCUCGCAGCACGAGAGCGACAUUGACGUGUCGGCUAACUACCUGCUCUCGUGCACCGCCUUCCGGCCGAAGAUCGGAAUGGUCGCCGGCCUCGGAAUCUCUGGCUUCACCAAGGUCGUCGAGGACAAGGAGGUGAUCCGCUACGAGGACAUCCCCGGCUUCCCGCAGCCGGCGACAGAGGGCGCCGGCGGCGAGCUCGUGUUCGGCCGCUGCAACGGCCGCGACGUCGUCGUCUUCGAGGGCCGCUUCUUCGCGCACGAGGGCUACGACCCGACGACGUGCGCCAUGCCGAUGCGCGUGCUCAAGCGGCUCGGCGUCACCGUCGUCAUAACGACGGGCGUCUGCGGCGCGCUGAACGAGGCGUACCGCGCGGGCGACUUCGUCGUCGUCAAGGACCAGCUGAACUUCCCCGGGACGACAAGACGGGCAAGCGCUUCGUUGCGAUGA